AUGAAAGUAUUCAAUAGAGAUCAAAAUCAAAAUAAUAUAUUAGAUUUAUAUCAGGAGAAACUUUUUUGUGACAUAGUAAUCCAUUGGAAAAAUGAAGAAUACUAUGCUCAUCGAUUAAUUUUACAAAAUUAUUCUUCGUAUUUCGCAUCAAUCUUUGAAAAAUACAAAGACACGACAGAUAUUCCAAGAGUUGAUCAUGUAACAAUCGAAAUUAAUCCUCAAAAUAUGUUUUCAAAAGUUAUUGACAUUUUAUAUAGUAAACCAGUUCAAAUCACUGUAACAAAUGUAGUUUCUAUAUAUAAAAUUUGCUGUUACUACGGAAUUUAUUCAUUUAUCGAGAAUAUUAAAAAUUUUAUAACAAAAUCUUUAUCAUCAAAUACAGUUUUACAUUAUGUAACAGAAUUCAUUAGCUAUGAUAUGAUAGAAGAAUCAAAAAUUAUUGUCCCAUUUUUAUCACAAACAUUUCUUCAAAUCAUAAAUUCAAAAACUCCACAGCAAGAAGCUGAAUUAGAACAAUUACUUAAAUGCGUAUCGAAUGGUAUUUUAUUUUCUUACGUUAUUAUGGCUGAUCCACUUAAUUCUGCUUUGUCAGAAUAUGAUAAGUUUUGUUUAGUUGAUAAAUACUCAAAAAUCAAGCGAUUUUCUGAAGCAGAAUCUAUUGAACUCGCUUCUCUUUUCAAUUGGGAAGAUCCAAAUUCAUUGAAUUAUUUUGUUGAAUUUUCCUGCGAUUGGCUACCUUUGAACAUUUCUAGAAAAUGCUAUAGUACUUUAUUAUCCAGAAGAAAGAAUAUCAUUAAAGUAUUUGAAUCAAUUUCAGAAAAUGUCAAAGAGCAAGCAUCAAGAUUGCAUUGCUUCCUUUGGGUUGAUAUUUGUUCUAAGGCUUCUAUUGUUCCUGAUCAUCCUUCUAUUAAUAUUUUAGAUUUUAUUUCUUCAUUAGGAAAUUCAAAUGUAGAGUUUGAUCCAAUCAAAUAUUCUUACUUAUUAUGUAAUGUACAUCAAACAACAUAUGACAUAUUCCAUCCAAUCCAAAGUAUUUUCAAAAAUGAUCAAUCUUAUGCGAUAAUUGAAAGUUGUGAUGAUCAUCCUGCAAGUAUAUCACUAUCAUUUGGAAAUCAUACAGUUAUUACUGCAAAUUCAUUUACAAUUUCUUGUGAUAUUGAAAAGAAUACAAGAAAACCAAACAAUAUCACUACAAAGCAAUACUAUACUGUUCCAAAUCAGUUAUUAGUCAAAACUUUCUUAAAUGGCACAAUUUCAAAUGAAUUUGAGAUUUCUUCUGAUCAAAACAAAAUCUAUCAACUUGAAAAAGUUCCAAAUAGUUUUGAUUCAAUACUUGUUAGUAUUCCUCCAUCUUUAAGUGAUAUCUACAAAAUUUUAAGAAUUCGGAAUAUUUCAAUUGUUGGAACUGUUGAUACUCAAUAA